AUGCUCCCAGAUAACGUACACUACAAUUUAAUAGACUUUUUAUUUUCGGACCAUCGGCGGCGUUGUGUUACCAAUGCUUUAGAAAGUAUCCAUUCAAUCUGCGCCCAGCUUACGUUUCAACUUCAGCUCAGAAGUCGUCCCUGUUGUGACUUGUCCACAAUGGAGCCCCCCCGCGGCUUCUGUCGGGAAUGCGAGUGCACUUCCUGCCAGGGAAUUAACAGAUUCGAGAGUACCUGUACUCGAUGCGACCACUGCCAGCGUCAGGAUGGUGGCCCAUACGAUCCCAAGACCCCUCAAAAACCCAAACCCAAACGACUCAAGCAACUGAAGCGGACCCCCAACGCGCGUUCAACCGGAGAUUCGAGUGACUCGAAUCAGAAGGAAUCUGCAGACGAUAGGUUUCUGAAGGCCAGCUCGCUCCUGAAACUGCCCAUGGGUACCAAGGCCUGUGUCGUAACCCUUCAGUCCGAGCCUUGGGCGGGGACCGAAAUGUGCCACAUUGUUUCAAGGAAAAAAGACACGGGCCCUUUCAAGCUCAGUUAUUUUGAGUUCCUGUGGGGCAUUGAAUACAAAGAGUUCUGCGUUGACACGUCCAGGAACCUGAUGAGAUUGUCCGCAAAUCUUCACCGCGCAUUCGAUGAAGGCAGCUGGGCGCUGCUUCCCAUUGACAUCAAGGUCCUUUCGUCUAUGAGAGUACACUACGAGGAGUGGAAGAUUCUCGGACCCGAAAUGAGCAAGAAACAGUAUGAGCACCACAUAUUUAAGCAGUCUACGGUCUACGGAAAGAGAAAGGCAUUCCAAUAUGUCUUGCUUCCUCUGGCCUCCCCACGCUUCCAUAUGCCUGUUCUUCGUCUUAGGCCUCCCCUCGUCGUCCCCCAAACGGCAGCUGACAUGCACAUUUUCCCAUACGACACCCUUCCCGAACUGAUUCUUCACGUCGAGCCGCACUACGUGAUCUGGAAUCUCGGGGAAAAAUUCAAGCGGCAAGGACUGACGUCGAAGUACAUAGCUGAGGAUCCCACUCUUACACCUCUGAGGCAAUAUGCCACCGUCCUCAGAGAUUGCUUGGAAAUUUUUGAGAUGUGGCAUGGCUUCAAAACCCCGGAGUGGUUCUAUGACAAUGACAGCGAUGACAGUGACGGCGACAACAGCGAUGACGGCGAUGGCGACAAUAACAACAACAACAACAACAGAGUCGGAUCCGAACGCUGGUGGCCCCUCUCGUGGCACACGUGGUCAAAAACGGAAACGUCCCACUAG